AUGUCUAUCCCGAUGCAAGUCUCCAUCCCCCUUGUGCUUCCUCUUAAGUGUCAAGUUUUAUAUGACAUCGUUUCAAAUACCAGAUGGAAUCCGGGGGAGAAAUACACCAAAAACCGCACUCCAACCGACUUCAACUUCAUCGACUCCCAAUCCGAGCGCUUCGGCGCCACUCUACAGUUUGGCCGAAUCCUACGCCUGCUGUAUGAACAUCCCGACUGGUCACAAAUCCAUGCUUUCUGCAGCAAACGCUACUCCAAGCGGGAAAUGUUCUCGAACCGCUCCGCGCGAGUGCUGAAGCCAUCGAAAGAGAUCGGUCUCCCAGAGGACUUCAUUGAGCAGCUCAAACAGGCGACUCUCAAAUCAGUUGGGCACAUGAUGGGUCCAGAUCCGUUCAAUUGCUCCAUCGGCCCAGCUGUCAGUGUUGGCAUCGGCGCGGCUUCGUACAUGGAUCUCAUAUACGGCGGCAACAGGCCUGGCACUCAUGUCGCUCGGCCACCAGGGAGGGGUAUUGCGGCAAGCAAGCAAGGUGGUCGCGGCCGGAAUUCCGAGGAGUGGAAGGCGCUGUGGGUGGUGAUCGCUGACUGGGUGUACGAGAUGGAGGCGGCGUCGAUCCUCAAAUUCGCAGGGAGCAAUUCUUACAAGCGCGCCCCAACAGCAGCAGAACAGAGGGAAAUGUCUCCUUGGGUGAAGAUGCCACGGAAGUUUCUCCAGACCGAUGCAAUCCGUGGGGCGGAUGCGUUUCGGGAUGUGUUUGACCAGUUUAUUGACACGCCAACCAAGUUCCAUGGGAUCGAGUGGGACUUUAUGGAGUUGGAGGCGACAAAAUAUGUUAAUGCUGUGAUUUUAGCCAGGUUUAGACCAAAACCGGCUAUUGCGAGGAUGGCGGAUGAUAUGCUGAGGAGGGUAAGCUUUGGGAGUCACGACACACUUUCUUACAAAGCGGUCUCUCCAACCCAGCUCAGGCCAUGUCCACAAACGUGCAAUGGGAUUGACUGGGAGAGAUGGAUACUUUCAAUUGAAGGCGGAUGUAUCGUCAGGGUGGAUACUAUUUUCCAGGCUCUGUUGGCGGUGAUGCUGUUGACAUAUCUGCCACUGCAUAUUAAAAUCCUGGACAAAGGCGAAACUUAUCCGAAGUUUCCUGAUUCAGAUUGGGUUUAUCUGUAG